GUCAAAAUCGUUGGAUUUUUUGAGGUUAUCUCACAUGUUUUUAGUAAAUAAAAAUACUUCCUCAUGUUUUAAGUGAAAUAUUGCAAUAAUUAUGGAAUUAUUUAAUCUAAAGAGGUAUGCUCCGGAGCAGAAAGCUGCAGAUCCUCAAAAGGAGACCAGACUCUUGGAGAAACUCCAAGGAAUAAUUGCAGAGAAGAAGAAAAUCCUUGAGGAGAAGGCAAAAGAGAAGAAUGAGAGAUCAGAUAAAGUGGUUGAAAAAAUUGAGGAGCCUGAAGAGGAAGAAGAACAAGAGGUAGAGGAGGAAAUUCCUCAAGAACCAGUCGAUCCAGAUACUUUCAGAAUUCUCGGGGAUGAACAGUUUGUCAAGAAGGAAAAAGUUAAGAGAACUUUGCCUUCGUGGCUUGCCCAUCCGAUUGUAAUUUCCAAUGAUUUAUCAGAUAAAAGUGAAUUGGUGGAAAAGAUGAAGUUUUUGAGUUCAGAAAUGAAGGAGAAUCUUAAGAAAAUGGGAAUGGAGACACUCUUUCCGGUGCAGAAACAGGUGAUCCCUUGGAUUCUCGAUGCUCACAGCAAUCCUCCACCCUUUAGACCCAGAGAUCUCUGUGUUUCUGCUCCGACAGGAAGUGGGAAGACCAUUGCAUUUGCCCUUCCUAUUGUCCAGCUGCUAAGGAAGAGAGUUACCCAGAAGAUUCGAGCCCUGGUGGUGCUUCCAGUUCGAGAACUAGCUGCUCAAGUCUUCACAGUGUUUAAAAAUCUGUCCAAGGGCACAAAUCUCGAUUGUCUACUCUUCUCCCCAAAUAGAUCCCUUGCUGAGGAACAGAAGCUCCUGGUGAAGGAAAUCAAUGGAAAGAUUCAUCCCAGAGUUGAUAUAAUUGUGGCAACUGCCGGUCGACUUGUUGAGCAUCUCUGCGAAACUCCAGGAUUUUGCCUAAAAGAUCUGAAAUUCCUGGUGAUUGACGAAGCUGAUAGAAUUAUGGAACAGAUUCAGAAUGACUGGCUGUAUCACUUGGAAAAUCAUCUUCAGAAAGACUUCCAUGGAGGAAAGAUUCCAUUUUCUCUCAUGACACUCUCAGAAGAAUUGUCCAGGCAACCCCAUAAGCUUCUCUUCUCAGCCACAUUGUCUUCAGAUCCUGAAAAGCUCGAGAACAUGAAGCUCUUCCAACCCAAAUUAUUUACCAGCGUUGUUACGGAAUUUAAAUAUUCUGACCAAGAUCAGGAAAGUGCCAAACAGCUAGUCGGAAAAUAUACAACGCCUUCAGAACUUAGAGAAAAAAUAUGCCAGACGGAGCUUCAAAAGAAACCUCUGACGCUCUUCAAGCUCAUCAAGGAGAAUUCCUGGAGGAGAUUCAUCUGCUUCACUAACAACAACGUUGCAGCCAGUCGAUUGGCAUUCGUCCUGAAGAAGAUGGUGGGGGACGAGCUGGUGAUUGAGGAGUUGUCAGCGAGCCUUCAUAAAAUGGCUCGACAGUCGAUACUUAAAAAGUUUUCAUCAGGAAAAAUUCACGGAUUGGUGAGUUCUGACACUCUGGGCAGAGGAAUUGACGUACCCAAAAUCGAUGCUGUGGUGUGCUAUGACUGUCCCCGGCACGUAAGGACCUACAUCCAUCGAAUUGGGAGAACGGCUCGAGCUGGAUAUCUAGGAACAGCGGUCACACUGAUAACAGAAGAUGAUCGAGUAGGGUUCCAGAGAAUUCUCACUACUGCUGGGAAGCCUGCACUGGAAGAGAUAAAAGUAUCACCGGAAACUGCAGAGGAAACCACAGAGAAGUAUUCAACCGCACUAAUGGAGUUGCAGAAGCAUCUCAAAAAGGACAAGAAGAGAAAACCUCGUAAGACAGUUAAAGAUAAGAACACCGAAAAGAAACCAUUCAAAAAGAUGCUUUCAGAGCUUUCAAAGGAUAAAAAAGUCGAUCCUGAAAAGUCAAAACAAAAGAGGAAGAAGAAAGGACUCGACGGUGAAGAAACCAGCUCGAAAAAAGUUAAAUUGAAUUAAUUUUCAGGAAUUUUGUGAAUAAAAUGACAUUUUGAUUUUUGCAAA